AAGAUGAUCCUUUUGGUGUUAAGUUUGCUCUUUGGUAUCCUCUUCUGCUGGUGGGAUGUACAGAAACCCAAAGGAUUCCCACCAGGUCCAAAAUGGCUUCCAAUUGUGGGGAAUUUCCCACAAAUUUUCCAAUUGAAAAAAUCCUUGGGCUAUCACCAUAAGAUUUGGCAUCAUCUCAGCCGGGAAUAUGGGAAUGUUGUGGGAUUGCGCUUGGGCAGAGAUCGUCUCAUUGUGGUGUCUGGGUGUGAGGCAAUUCGGGACUUCUACAGUCGCGCGGAAUUCGAUGGGAGGCCCAAUGGGUUCUUCUUCACGGUGCGCUCCUUCAAUCAGCGCCUGGGGCUCGUGUUCACCGACGGGCAGGAUUGGGAUGCGCAGAGGCGCUUCUGCAUGAAGACACUGAAACAAUUGGGCUUUGGACGGUACAGCAUGGUGAAGAGAAUUGAGCGUGAGGCUGAGGAGAUGAUUGCGUACAUGUGGCGGAAGAAUGAGCAAGAUGGUGGGAUCUUCAUGCACAAUGCCUUUGACAUAAGUGUCCUGAAUGUGUUGUGGACACUGAUGGCGGGAAGACGGUACGAUUUGGAAGAUGAGCGCCUGACGCAGCUGAUGCGGCUCAUUCACGAAUGUUUUCGCAUCAUUGACAUGUCCGGGGGGAUUCUCAAUCAAUACCCCGCCUUGCGGCACAUCAUGCCGCACUUUUCGGGCUACAAACCCCUCAUGGCGACCUUCAGGCCCAUUUGGAACUUUCUCCGGGAGACAAUUGAGGAAAUCUCUAGGAGUAAAGUGGAUGCGAAUGAGCCAAAGAGCCUCAUUGAAGCCUAUGUGAGGCAAAUAAAGGCAUCAGCCAAGGAUGGCACAACACCCUUCACUGAGGAUCAGCUCCUUGCUGUUUGCCUCGAUAUGUUUCAAGCUGGUUCCGAGACAACAAGCAAUACCCUCGCCUUUGCUCUCAUCUACAUGCUCCACUACCCACAUGUGGCGCAACGCGUAAAGGAUGAACUCAUGACCAUUGUGGGGCCCACCAGCUUGCCAAAGCUCGAGCAACGCGCCCUCCUGCCGUACACGGAAGCUGUCCUUUGUGAAAUACAGAGAUGUGCAAAUGUUGCCCCACUUGCCAUCGUUCAUCGUGCCACGGAAGCAGUUCAGUUCAUGGGAUUUACCGUCCCCAAGGACACACUGGCGCUUGUUUCCCUCUACAGCCUCCACAUGGACCCCAAAGCUUGGCGGAAUCCCCACGAAUUCAAUCCUGAGAGAUUCCUCGAUGGGAAUAAUCAGCUUGUGAAUCACGAGGGAUUCCUUCCAUUUGGAUCAGGUAGACGUCGGUGUAUGGGUGAAAAUUUGGCCAAAUCCAGCUUGUUUCUCUUCUUUGCCACAUUCAUGCAUGUCUUUGAGGCAAAAUUGCCGGAUGGCGAGACAAAACUGCCCGAUCUCGAGGGCUACGACGGCAUUACACUCUCCCCGAAGGCCUAUCGCGUCAUCCUAUCGCGUCGUCAGUAG